AUGGGGAGAGGGAAGAUUGUGAUUCGGAGGAUCGAUGAUACGACGAGCAGGCAGGUGACUUUCUCAAAGAGAAGAAAGGGGCUGAUGAAGAAGGCGAAAGAGCUGGCCAUUCUCUGUGAUGCUGAGGUUGGGCUCGUCAUCUUCUCCAGCACUGCCAAGCUUUACGACUUCGCCAGCACCAGCUUGAAAUCGGUCAUUGAAAGGUACAACAAAGCCAAAGAGGAACAACAACACCAACUGUCAAAUUUAACUUCACAAUUCCAGUUUUGGCAAAAGGAGGUCGAAAUUUUGAGGCAACAACUGUACACUUUGCAGGAGAAUCAUCGCAAAUUUAUGGGCCAACAUCUUUCUGGAUUGAGUUUCAAAGACCUCCAAAGUCUAGAGAAGCAGUUGGAGACAAGCCUGAGGGGCAUUCGAACAAAAAAGGGAAACCUCAUUCAUCAAGAUAAUUUAGAGCUCUAUAAGAAGGUCAGCCUCAUAGGCCAAGAAAACUUGGAGUUGUACAAGCAGGUAGCUAGCUAG